GUGGAAGACUGCCUUACCUUGUCAGUAACAUCCAAACUUUCAAAACUGCUUUGCAGUCCCGUAACCUACUGCUUUCCUGCUGUUUUCCGAGCUUUUAUUUGGCUGUACAGUAGCUCCCAUCACACAUACACAUCCAAGAUCAUUUAUCCCUUUGACUGUUGCAAGCUGAGUAUCUUGAUCUUGUUGUGUUUAUUAAUGCAUUUAUGAAUUUUUGGGGGCUGCUGGGUACUUUUCACGGCCGGUUGAGGGGCCAAUGUGUUAAAUGAGUUAAUUUCCAUGACAAUAACAAUUUUUGAUGGGAGGGUAGGGCUGCUCAAUUUUGCAAUCCCCUUUUUUUGUGUGCCUCCUAGGCUCCCUGUUUAUGCUAGGCCAGGGUCCGAUCAAGAUGAAAAUGGCUACUGUCAUAUCAUGAAAACACUUUUUUGAUUUCAGGUGAUUCGAAUAAAACUGUGAGUAUUUGCAGUGCAGUAGCAGGCCUUGAAAUAUUGGAGGAGGGGGGCUUGAAAUAUUGGGGGGGAGGUGGGGUGCCCUUACCUUCAGGCCACAGCCCAAACUUCUUAUGCAAUUAGUUUUCUUUGUUAUUGUUUAGCAAAUGAACGAGUUGUGACAUCUCCACAAGAUAAAAUAAAGCGAUAAAACCAUAUCAUUUUUUUUAUUCAUCUCUCUGUGAACCGCUCCUUCACUUGACUUGGGCUUCCUGUUGUGUGGAUAUGCCGCUGAAUCGAGAAAUCGAAUAUUCAAUUCAAAGAUGGCGGCUGACUCGCAACUUCUACCUCUAGAACUUGUUGACAAGUGUAUAGGCUCAAGAAUACACAUUGUGAUGAAAAGCGACAAGGAGAUCGUAGGAACCCUUCUUGGGUUCGAUGACUUUGUCAAUAUGGUGCUAGAGGAUGUCACAGAGUAUGAAAAUACACCAGAAGGAAGAAGGAUUACCAAACUGGAUCAGAUUCUUCUAAAUGGAAACAACAUUACAAUGCUAAUCCCUGGCGGAGAGUAUCCUUUGUUAUUUUACUUUUUCCAAGGAGAGCCUUGGUAGAUUUAAUAUAUCAAUUAACUUUCUUUUCUAAAACAUGAGGCAUGAACAAGAAUAUGAUUCCUAAUUAAAAAACAAAAACAUACACACACAAAAAAAACAAACAGGAAUCUCAUUGAAAAGGUCUCCUAGCAAAUAGAUCUUUUUUGUUAUUUAUCCAAAUACGAAUGACAAUAACAACAAUGAUGGCAUUUUUAAUAGACACUCUCAUUAGCAGGCAAAGCUACUUAGAACAAACAGGGAUGGAUCCAGGCCUAAAGUUGACUGAUUCCAAAUGGUCACCGACCAAUCAAGGGGGGAAAAGAAAUUACGUGUUUGGAACAUACAAUCUGCUGAAUUUUUAGGAACGCAUUUGGCAUUUUAGGGAUUUAUAUAGUCAGAUAAUAAAUUCAAGGUUAAGUUUCACAGGUGACUUAUGGUCAUUUAAAACUGAGUGACUUCAUUUAUCAAUUAGUCAGAUAAUAAAUACACUAUUCCUACCUAAUUCAACCAAAUUUGUGUUCUUGAAAGUGUGGCGAGGCAAGUACCAGUUAUUCUUUUCGAAUACCCCUUGGCAAUACCGAAAUGGUGUGAUUGUAAUAUAUAAAAAACAACCUCACCUUGCAUUAUAAUGUAGCUUGUGCCACACAGACAGCAACUCUUAUCAAUAAUUGACUCCAUGACCUCUCAAUUCUAAGCAAUUUUACAGUGCAUUAUCCCAUCUAGUUGCUGAUCUAUUCUCACCUCUCCUCUUUGCAAGUUUCUUCUAGAUUCAUCCAUUAGAGGCAACGAAAAUUCGUGUACUGGUCAAUUUUGCUGGUGUGGUAUCUUACGCUAAUGUCAAAAGUACAAGAGGUGAUUUUAACAGCCUAUUUACCUUACUGAAAUAACAGCCGAAAAUCUUCCCAAAUAAAACACAGGGCAAACAGAAAUGCCAUUUAUAUACUAAGAAUACACUGUCCGGGGGUUUUGCUAAAAACAUUAUGUAUUUCACUUGCCACCACUUUCCAAUGCAAUUUUUAAUCAUAGAGAAUUCGGAAGAGCUAUCGUCCGGUUGCCACACUUUCAUCAUUAAUUCCAACUUCUCGGGAUCUGAAUUCGAUCAAAUUCUACACCAUAAUCAAAAGGAUAACACUCCCAUCAAAAGGAUAACACUCUCCUCCGCGAGAAACGUCUGCAUUUUGUGAAGCCAUGCUUCGCUUUUCAAGAUUUCGGUUCGAGAGAUGUGUACAAGAGAUCACACGCUAAAUCAAGCAAAGACCUAUUUUCUCAGGGGUAGUAUCGGUAUUUUAUUGCCGACUGAUUCCAAAGUGAUUCACACAUUAUUAUAGAAGAGCUUGAGUGGUUCCAGAACACGCGCAUAAUUUUUAUACACGCACAAAAUUUCUAAAUGGGUCCCCUGCCCCUAACUAGAUUUAUCACUCAUAUCAGGGGCAAUAUUUCCCGUGGAGGGACCGGAAUAAUGCUGUCCAAGCGCUGAAGGAAAUAACAGCGAAACAACCCAGGAAGCAGGUCUAAUAGUGUUCCAAUAACAGACAACAGAUGGAUGUUUAUUUUUAUUGAACGUUCUAAAAUUCAAAUCUACACAAAAAAAAGCAUUUGGAAUUUUGACUGAUUCACUGGAAUCAUUUGAAUCAGUCUGGAUCCACCCCUGACAAAACAUUACAUUGUUAUAUGCUGUUUGUAUCCUUAACUAAGUUUAGGGGUCCUGAAAUAUGAUGGUUGCAAGGA